GGGAAAUAUAGAUUAAUAGAUUCUUGUUGGUCGAGAUCUCCGCUCCACUCUCAGUAUCCCACCACUCGUAAUGGCGGAGGUCCGAGCCCGAGCUCCCGGCAAGAUCAUCCUCUCCGGCGAGCACGCCGUCGUCCACGGCUCCACCGCCGUCGCCGCCGCCAUCGACCUCUUCACGCACGUCUCCUUCCGCCUCGAUCCCCCCGUCCCUCCAGGGAAUGGCGAUGGAUCGUUAGGAUUAGAGCUUAAAGACCUGGGCUUGGCCUUUUUUUGGUCGCCCUCGAGACUGAAAGAGGGGCUGGGGGACGCUGUUACUGUUCCUUCAACCCCGGUUUCGUGCUCGCCGGAACGGAUCAAGCUGAUUGCUGCCCUAGUCGAAGAACAAGACAUUCCGGAAGCAAAAAUCUGGCUUUCUUCUGGGAUUUCCGCCUUCAUCCACCUCUACACCUCGAUCCAUGGUUACAAGGCAGGAAAAGUGGUCAUCUCCUCGGAUCUUCCUCUUGGCUCGGGCCUGGGUUCAUCUGCGUCAUUUUGCGUCGCCCUCGCGGCGUCUUUUCUUGCGUUGUCUGAUGCCAUAACCAUCGACAAACCGCAAGGUGGAUGGCUGAGGUUGUGCGAGAAUGAGCUUCAACUGGUGAACAGAUGGGCAUUCGAAGGUGAAAAGAUCAUUCACGGAAAGCCCUCUGGCAUUGAUAACACCGUAAGCGCAUUUGGUAACAUGAUUCAGUUCAGAUUGGGAGAGUUGAUCCAUAUCGAAUCAAGUGCACCUCUAAGAAUGCUCAUCACCAAUACAAAGGUUGGGAGGAACACAAAGGCAUUGGUUGCUGGUGUAUCUGAAAGAGCCUCCAGGCAUCCGGAUGCAAUGGCUGCCGUGUUUACUGCAGUUAACUCUAUCAGCAAGGAAUUGUCAACCAUUAUACAGUCACCUGCUCUAGAUGACAUAUCUGUUACUUCAAGAGAAGAGAAGAUAGAGGAAUUAAUGGAAAUGAACCAAGGUUUACUUCAGUGCAUGGGGGUAAGCCAUGCUUCUAUAGAAACUGUGCUUCGAGUGACAAUGAAGUACAAAUUAACUUCCAAGCUGACCGGUGCUGGUGGUGGAGGGUGUGUUUUGACUCUGCUACCGACAUUACUUUCUUCCGCAAUUACAGAUAAGGUCGUUGCUGAGCUCGAGUCGAGCGGCUUUCAGUGCUUGAAAGUUGAAGUUGGUGGGGAAGGUCUUCAGAUUUGCUUCAGCUGACGAUCUCAAUUCUGUCAAGCAGGGAAGUGUCAUAUUGGCAAUUCAACACCAGACAAUGUUUGGAAUGAGUUUGGGAUUUAAGAGAAACUUUUUUCUACUGGUCUAUGUUUCUUCCCUUGCUUCUUUUUGAUGUAACUUUAUUGAGAUAUGAUGGAUUCUUAAAUCUUGUGGACGAACAAUGAAUGUAUUUGUCAUGAGAAUUAUUAUAUAGUGGAACAUAUACUUUUAA